GAACAUUACACAACAUUACAUUACAAAACGUUACAUUUUAAAACACGACAUUACAAAACGUUACAUUAUAAAACAUUACAUUACAAAUCGUCACAUUACCGCGCUUGUAAUUACAACUAUUAAUAAACGUCGCAUCAUAUAUAUAUCUGUGCGUUACACAUACACGCGUGUAUCAAGGCACCGUCUAAGUAUUCGGACUAAGGGCGAUGGACGAGAUGCCUGAAGAUGUGGUUGGGAGGCGAGUGCUCAGCGAUGGAGAGUGCGGCAGGGUGCGCUUCGUAGGCGAGGUGCCUCCGACACAAGGACUGUGGUUUGGUGUGGAGUGGGACGACCCGGAACGCGGCAAACACGAUGGGAGCCACGGCGGCGUUCGUUACUUCCACUGCCAACACCCGACGGGGGGCUCCUUCAUCCGGCCCAAGAAGGCAGACCUAGGGGUGCCGUUUUUAUCGGCUGUGCGGGACAAGUACGCACAGCUAGAGGACAACACGGGAGAACUCCCUCAGGAGUACACGUCUUCCGUGGGCUCCACAUCGCAGAAGAUUCCCAUGCAGGUUGUGGGAAUGGAGAAGAUUUUCCAGAAACAAAGCUGCCUUGAGAGUCUGAAGAUUGUGGCCUUGUCUGGACUCGGGGUGAACAGUCCUGGCCCAGCAGAGGCCAUCCGAGAAGCAUGUCCCAAUAUCAGAGAUCUCGACAUCUCACGGAGUUUAUUGUGUUCGUGGCAAGAGGUGGCCCUCAUCACAGAACAGCUGUGCAACUUGUCCAUCCUGAUCCUCAGCAAGAAUCGUCUCGACAUUCCUGAGACACCCAGAUCACUGUCCCCCUGCUUCUCCCAUCUGACGGUCCUGGUCCUCAAUUCCUGCUCAUUAACGUGGUCACAGGUGCUGGUGUGUGCCGAAAUGUGGCCAAAUGUGGAACACCUUGAGUUGCUGAAGAACAAUAUCACUACUCUCGAGACGCCAGUGGGCGUGCUGCAGGCCUUGCGCAGCUUGAAUUUGGAAGGAAACAGCUUGGAGGGCAAUGAGCAGAUCAAUCACAUCGCGAUGUUGCCGAGCCUGGAAUCACUGCGGCUCGAUGAGUGUGGCUUGACCAGCGUUCACUUUGACGAUGUCAAGUGCGGCUGCCAAACAAGUAUGUUCCCCAAGCUGAAAUUCUUAUCACUCUACAACAAUAAGAUUUCAGAGUGGAGCUCGAUAAAUGAGCUGGACAAGCUGCAGAGCCUGGAGGUGUUGAAUCUGAGCCUGGAAUUCCUUGAAACGCCCGAGAUAAAUCCAAACACGGUUUGGCAGAUCAUCAUCGCCAAAAUCGCACGUCUGCGGGUGCUCAACCACUCCAAGGUAUGCAAUAACGAACGGAGCGGAGCAGAGCGUGACUACUUGAAGCGUUACGGCCUGGCUUGGCUCGAAGCCGGUGGCCGCCGGAAUGGAGAGCUGGGAAUCGCCAGCACGGAAUUCACGGCAGCUCACCCACGCUACGCGUCGUUCGUACACAAGCAUGGAGCACCUGAAGACUCGGAGUUAAAGGAGGAAGUCUUCACUUUGAAGAGCAAACUUGUCGCAAUUAACAUCACAUGCCCCGACCUCGCGGACCACAAGACUGUAGAGAAAAAAGUUCCAAACUCGAUGACGGUACAGAAGCUUAAGGGAAUGCUGUGCAGGCUGUUGAAGGUGCAGGCGUCAGACCUGGUGCUGACAUACACGAGCCACAAGAUGGAGGGGCAGGAGUUUGAAUUGGACAACGAUCUUCGGCCACUCAGAUUUUACUCUAUCGAGGAUGGAGACAACCUGGUGGUCCGCUGGUAACGGUGAUAAAAUCAUCAACAGUCGUCUUCAAUAUUCCCAUCGUCUUUAUUAUCAGUUCUGCUAAAUGGUUCUAAAACUACUCUUUGGUUUUUUUGGUAAAGUUACGCAGGUAAAAUAAAAUAAAUGAAAACAACUAAAUUAAAUCACGACGUUUCGGAGGCAACACAAGCUUCC